AAUUAUGCAUCCAACGCCAAAAAUGAAGUACUACUUAUGGAUGGUGUAGGUCAGCUUCUUCUCACAUUGAGGCACAAGAAAUGGAGUGUUGGGAAAAGAUGGGAAGCAUUUAAAGGAGAUCCCAUGGAGUCUGAGAAGCCCACAUUUAGCCUUAUAAAGUCGCUGGGAUUCUCAAACAAGAUUACUGCCAAUAUAUUUGCGAAUGGAAGUAGAAAAACUAAGCUUGGCGAUUACAAGAUCAAAGGGUUGCGCAGAGCAUCCUGCACAAUAUUCAAUGACUCAGGAGAGAUCAUUGCACAGGUUAAACGAAAGGAGGCCAAAUCAGAUCUAAUGCUGGGGAACGAUAUUCUGAAUCUGGUUGUGGAAGCGGGAGUAGAUCAAGCCUUUGUAAUGGGGCUGCUUAUUAUCUUUAAUCAGAUUAGUCGAUUAAUAAGAAUUUACAGGAGAGAAUGAUCAAUGGUGGCAAGCAAGCUGGCUUCUUAUGGCCUGCCUAAUCUGUCAAGGGGAAACAUUCAAUGCAAUAUGUAAUUUUAUGUAUUGGUUAUUUUGUAUAAAGUUGCAAUUCCUUAUCAAAGGAUAGUUAGUGCUCCAUUUUGUGCAUUGGGUGGAGAGUAGAAAACCAGUGGCCAACCA